AGCCAAAAAAAUACAUGUCACAUACACAUACACAUACACAUACACAAAACCAAACCGCCUCCUCCUCAGACUACAGAACCCAUCGGCCAUUUGUUUUUUCCCAAAUGGCUCCUCCUGAUGCCAAAACAACAACAACGGUCACCAAUGGCGCUAACGAGACACGCUAUCGCGGUGUCCGUAAGCGCCCUUGGGGCCGUUAUGCAGCCGAGAUAAGGGACCCCGGUCGAAAAUGUCGUGUAUGGCUCGGUACUUUUGAUACCGCAGAAGAAGCCGCUCGCGCUUAUGAUGCUGCCGCUAUUCAGUUUCGCGGGAUCAAAGCGAAAACAAAUUUUCAUUUUAAUAAUAAUAAUAAUAAUAAUUUCUUGUUUCCAAAUGAGAGACAGCUUCUUCCCCCAGAAGCGCUCGAGCUUAGCCUAUCGCCGCGUUGUUCGUUUCCGAUGGCUGUUAUGUGUCGUCCGCCACAAAAGAAUUUUGAUAUUACUAAUAAUAAUAAUAAUAAUAGUGAGAAAUGUAGCCGUUCAAAGGACUUUAUCAGAUCUGAGAUGAAACGAGAGAAAUCUUUAGCUUUAGAACUCGAUCUCAAUUUUCCUCCACCGGAAUUUGGAGGAUUUCUGCAUUCUUUUUAGUUUAAAUUAAUUUAGAUUUAGUUUUAGAUUAUAUGUGUAGCCAUUAAUUAGAACAGAGAAACAAAUGUCAAAAAUGAUGUUUUGGGAUUAAGGUGGAACGAGAUUGUGUUAUCCGAUGAUCUAUAAGUUUCUCUACAUUAUAUGUAUCCGUUCGAUCGAAAAAAAUAA